UCAAGGUAUUGGUAUCAGUUUCUCACAGUUCGUCUCAGGGUUAACUUCAACAUGAUAAAAUAUAUCGCUCUAGGACUGGCCCUGUGCCUGUUUGUCGAUGUUGAAGCCCAGAGACGAGGUGGAAGGCGUCCCCAGUCUCCAAGGAGAGGUAGACAGGAAGGUGCUGCUGCAGGCUAUGCUGCCCCUAGUGAUGUACCAGUAUAUGGAGCUGCUAGUGAUGCUGUCCCUGUCUAUGAUGCUGCUGCUGGAGAUGAUGCUCUCUCUGCCCUAACUAGUAAUAUCCCCGGUGUACCUGGUGAGGAUUACCCAAUCUAUGCUGAAGUCCCUGAGACCAGUUUCACCUGUGAUGGUCAAGUUGAUGGAGGUUAUUAUGCUGACCCUGAGGCUGAAUGUCAGGCUUUCCAUAUCUGCACUGCUGACGGUCAAGGUGGACUUGCCAAGUACAGUUUCCUCUGCCCUAACGGAACCAUUCUGAACCAGAACUACUUCAUCUGCGAUUGGUGGUUUAACUUUGACUGCUCUGAAGCCGAAGGUCUGUAUUCCUUGAAUGAUGCCAUUGCUGCUGAACGUGAAGCUGCUUCUGCUGAUCAGUCCUCUUAUGCUGCUCCUCCCGUCUAUGACGCUGGUGCAGCAGCUGCCGCUCCCCCUGCCACCUAUACCGGAGAGGGAGCUGAGCGUGCUGGAAGGAGACUAGGAAACAGAAGAAACAACCGUCAAGGCGGAAGAAGGCAAGGAAACAGAGGUUAAGAAGGAUAUACCUUCCCAACAUUAGAGCUACUUGAAUGACUGAAUGAAUGAACCCCUUUAACAGGAUGAAUGAAGAAUGAAUGUAAAGUUCUCUUGUGGAGUCCUCCCCUGGUUAACCGAAUCCUGCUGUGAUAAACUGAAUCUAGAAAACUGGCAUUGAUCCUGCUACGCGGCAUUAUGUAGAAAGCCAACUUGUUUAACUAGUUCCGGCAUUUUAUUUCUAGUCGUCUUCUCUUUUGUUCAUAUUUAAUUAUCUUCUCUAUGAUGGCGGUGUGAUUGUGAUUCUAUUUAUUUAUUUAUGUAUGUAUUGUUUCAUUUCUGUUUUAAUCUUGUUUAAUUAUUUCUUCACGUUUUCAUAUUUCCGGAAAUAAAGCGCGGCAAACAAAA